UGCGCCGCGCGGCUCCGCGGCCAAGUUCCAGGGUCCGGGGUAGGUGGAGUCCCCAGUCCCUGCAGCCGCGGGGCGCCCUGGGAUAGCGGCGGGAUCUCGCGGUGAGCGCAUGCUGGGGCGUUCUCUGAGAAGUGGGAAGCGCUGCGGAGCCUGGGUCAACGCGUUGGUAUAGGCGGGAAGGCCAGGCCGCGCCGAGCUGUGGGCGCUGCAGGAGGCCCCUGGGCUGGCGGAGAUCGUAGCGGCCCUGCCAGGACUCCUUGCUUGCUCCUGGGAGCGCUGAUGGCCAUCAUCUCCCUGAAUUUCUGUGCCCUCCCCUCACAUGUGUCAGUGGUUACGGCCAAGUUUAGACACUCCGGCCGUGCUCCGGAAGAGCCCUGGUCUCCGUGGCUCCACGACACUGUCUGUCGACACUAUGCCUCUCUAGCCCUCCAGGAGGAAACGUGGUGUGGGAAGGAUUAACAGACCCGUGCUGAUCAGAGCCGGGAAAGAUGGAACAAGGAGAGUGAGCCUCCUGCACCCCCGUAUCCUAAUGUGCUCUCUCUCUAUCCAGAACAGAUCUCAGCCCCUUUCCAAAUACUCCUGAUGCCUCAUUUGUCUCUAUCCUCUUUUCGACCGCCUAUUUUGGGGCUGAGGCCCUCAUGGGGCCUCCCCAGGUUCCAUCCCGUUUCUACACAGUCGGAACCCCAUGGAUCUCCCAUCUCCCGGAGGAACCGUGAAGCCAAACAGAAGCGCUUGCGAGAGAAGCAGGCGACUCUAGAGGCUGGGAUAGCAGGGGAGAGCAAGUCGCCUGCAGAAUCCAUUAAGGCCUGGAGUCCUAAGGAGGUAGUAUUGUAUGAAAUCCCUACGAAACCCGGUGAAAAGAAAGAUGUCUCGGGGCCCCUGCCUCCUGCAUACAGCCCCCGAUAUGUUGAGGCUGCCUGGUACCCGUGGUGGGUACGAGAGGGCUUCUUCAAACCAGAAUAUCAGGCCCAGCUGCCCCAAGCUACAGGGGAGACCUUUUCCAUGUGUAUCCCACCUCCCAAUGUCACUGGCUCCUUGCACAUCGGCCACGCACUCACGGUGGCCAUACAGGAUGCCCUCGUGCGCUGGCAUCGAAUGCGUGGGGAUCAAGUGCUGUGGGUCCCUGGUUCCGAUCACGCGGGAAUCGCUACACAAGCUGUAGUAGAAAAACAACUGUGGAAGGAACGGGGAGUGAGGAGACAUGAGCUGAGCCAGGAGGACUUCCUUAGGGAAGUGUGGCAGUGGAAGGAGGCGAAAGGUGGAGAGAUCUAUGAGCAGCUGCAAGCUCUGGGUGCCUCCCUGGACUGGGAUCGAGAGUGUUUUACCAUGGAUGCUGGCUCCUCAGUGGCUGUGACUGAAGCUUUUGUGCGACUUCACAAGGCGGGGUUGCUGUACCGGAACCAUCAGCUUGUCAACUGGUCGUGUGCUUUAAGAUCAGCCAUCUCAGACAUUGAGGUGGAGAACCGGCCGCUGCCUGGCCACACAGAGCUUCGACUGCCUGGCUGCCCCACCCCUGUGUCUUUUGGCCUCCUAUUUUCUGUUGCCUUCCCAGUGGAUGGAGAGCCUGACGCAGAGGUUGUAGUAGGAACUACGAGGCCAGAGACACUGCCUGGGGACGUGGCUGUGGCUGUUCAUCCAGAUGACUCCCGUUACACGCAUCUACACGGGCGACAGCUUCGUCACCCCUUGAUGGGGCAGCCUCUCCCCCUCAUCACAGACUGUGCUGUUCAGCCACAUGUGGGCACAGGGGCUGUGAAGGUGACUCCAGCUCACAGUCCUGCCGAUGCUGAGAUGGGGACCCGACAUGGCUUGAGCCCCGUGAACGUCAUUGCAGAGGAUGGGACCAUGACCUCCCUCUGCGGGGACUGGCUGCAGGGUCUUCACCGGUUUGUGGCCCGGGAAAAGAUAAUGUCUGUACUGACUGAACGGGGCCUGUUCCGGGGCCUCCAGAACCACCCGAUGGUACUGCCCAUCUGCAGUCGUUCUGGGGACGUGAUAGAAUACCUGCUGAAGAGCCAGUGGUUUGUCCGCUGCCAGGAAAUGGGGGCCCGAGCUGCUCAGGCUGUGGAGUCGGGGGCCCUGGAGCUCAGUCCCUCCUUCCACCAGAAGAGCUGGCAGCACUGGUUUUCCCACAUUGGGGACUGGUGUGUCUCCCGGCAGCUGUGGUGGGGCCAUCAGAUUCCAGCCUACCUGGUUGUAGAGGACCAUGCGCAGGGUGAAGAAGACUGUUGGGUGGUUGGACGGUCAGAGGCUGAGGCCAGAGAGGCAGCAGCAGAACUGACAGGGAGGCCAGGGGCAGAGCUGGCCCUGAAGAGGGACCCUGAUGUCCUGGACACAUGGUUCUCUUCUGCCCUGUUCCCCUUUUCUGCCCUGGGCUGGCCCAAAGAGACCGCAGACCUUGCUCAUUUCUACCCACUGUCACUUUUGGAAACGGGCAGUGACCUUCUGCUGUUCUGGGUGGGUCGCAUGGUCAUGUUGGGGACCCAGCUCACAGGGCAGCUGCCCUUCAGCAAGGUGCUUCUUCAUCCCAUGGUUCGGGACAGGCAGGGCCGGAAAAUGAGCAAGUCCCUGGGGAAUGUGCUGGACCCAAGAGACAUCAUCAGUGGGGUAGAGAUGCAGGUGCUGCAGGAAAAGCUGAGAAGUGGAAAUUUGGACCCUGCAGAGCUGGCCAUUGCCGCCGCGGCACAGAAAAAGGACUUUCCUCAUGGGAUCCCUGAGUGUGGGACAGAUGCCCUGAGAUUCACACUCUGCUCCCACGGAGUUCAGGGGGGUGACUUGCGCCUGUCUGUCUCUGAGGUCCAGAGCUGCCGACAUUUCUGCAACAAGAUCUGGAAUGCCCUGCGCUUUAUCCUCAAUGCCUUAGGGGAGAAAUUUGUGCCACAGCCUGCUGAGGAGCUGUCUCCCUCCUGCCCCGUGGACGCCUGGAUCCUGAGCCGCCUUGCCCUGGCCGCCCGGGAGUGUGAGCGGGGCUUCCUCAACCGAGAGCUCUCACUUGUCACUCACGCCCUGCACCACUUCUGGCUCCAUAACCUCUGUGACGUCUACCUAGAGAGGAGAGGAGAUGAAGGAGUAGUCUCAGUUCCCCUCUUCCUGGGACUGCUUUCAGCAGUGCAGCCAGGCACUGUUGCCUGCCCAACACCUGGGGAGAGUACGAGGAGGGAGACUUCUAGAAGUGUCUGACAAGUCUGGGUCAGAGGUCAGAGGAGCAUUUUUUCAGUCCCAGUAGUUGCUGAGUUUGGCCUGUGGACAGGCUGUGUGCAGAGAGGCCUAGGAGCGGGUAGCAGUGGUCUUUAGACCAGGGGUUCUCAUGCUGUCCUACGCCCAAAGCACCUGUGGGGCUUGUUGACCAUGGAUCCCCUAGCUGCCCCAGAGUGGCUCGUAGGUUGGAGUGGGGUGGGUGGGUGUUAAGAAUAUUCGUUUCUUGUCCCAGGUGGUGCUGCUGCUGCUGGCUGUGAACCACUGCCCUAGCUCAGCCUUUUAAAAACCUUUGUCCCCUUUUGAUAAGCAAAAAAACAAAAACAAAAAAAAAAUCAAAAACUCAGAAAAACGCAAUUAUUUUUUUCCCUAUACACGUUUCCCUAGAAAUAUUAUCCCCAUAUACUUCCGAGAAUUGCUGCCCUGGGUUUCCCUUCUUUGCGCUGAGUGUGUCCUAGGACUGUGGAUCUUAUCGGACGUGCUAAGUGCUUCUGCCUGUUCCUCUCUCCCAGGACCCAUGGCCUGUCCCGCUGUCGGGUAGGGUGCUGGCUGUGGGGUGGCAGGCUCUGGCCUUGGCCUGUCUUCUGACCAUUGGCUUCC